ACACACACACACACGCACGCUUCUCUCCAUCUUGUGAUUCCUUUUUUUCCUUCUGAACCUUCCAGUGGGGGUGCGAGUUUGUCUUUAUUCCACCCCCCACCUCCCUCCACCGCCUUUUCAUCUCCCUUUCCUCCCCCUCCCCGGCUUGGUGCGCGCCUCUUUAUUUUCUCGCCUCUCUUCAUUUUUAUUUAUUCAUAUUUAUUUGGCUCUUGCUCUCUCAAUCUCUCUUUCCUUCCCUCCCACCUUCCCUCCCUCCGUAUCUCUGCUCUCUCUCCCCGGAGUGGCGCGUCGGGGGCUCCGCCGCUGGCCAAGCGUGAUGUUGCACGUGGAGAUGUUGACGCUGAUAUUUCUGGUGCUCUGGAUGUGUGUGUUCAGCCAGGACCCGGGCUCCAAGGCCGUUGCCGAUCGCUACGCCGUCUACUGGAACAGCAGCAACCCGAGAUUCCAGAGGGGUGACUACCACAUUGACGUGUGUAUCAACGACUACCUGGAUGUGUUCUGCCCUCACUAUGAGGACUCUGUCCCGGAAGAUAAGACUGAGCGGUAUGUCCUCUACAUGGUGAACUUUGAUGGCUACAGUGCCUGCGACCACACUUCCAAAGGGUUCAAGAGAUGGGAAUGUAACCGGCCUCACUCUCCAAAUGGACCACUCAAGUUCUCUGAAAAAUUCCAGCUCUUCACCCCGUUUUCUCUAGGAUUUGAAUUCAGGCCAGGCCGGGAGUAUUUCUACAUCUCCUCUGCAAUCCCAGACAAUGGAAGACGGUCCUGUCUAAAGCUCAAAGUCUUUGUGAGACCAACAAAUAGCUGUAUGAAAACUAUAGGUGUUCAUGAUCGUGUUUUCGAUGUUAACGACAAAGUAGAAAAUUCAUUAGAACCAGCAGAUGACACCGUACAUGAGUCAGCCGAGCCAUCCCGCGGCGAGAACGCGGCCCAGACACCAAGGAUAUCCAGCCGCCUUUUGGCAAUCCUACUGUUCCUCCUGGCGAUGCUUUUGACAUUAUAGCACAGUCUCCUCCCGUCACCUGUCACAGAAAACAUCAGGGUCUUGGAACACCAGAGAUCCACCUAACUGCUUAUCCUAAGAAGGGACUUAUUAUCGGUUUUUUGGCAGAUGUCAGAUUUUUGUUUUGUUUCUUGCAGCCUGAAUUCUGAGCAACAACUUGGGGCCAGGGAGAGCUAAAGUAGUUGCUGCCUCCCUCACCCCAGUCACCCCACCCCCGCCCUUGCCCUUGCCCUCUCUCACCUCUUCCAAAUUAAAUGGACUCCAGAUGAAAAUGCCAAAUUGUCGUAGUGACACCAGUGGUCGUCAGCUCCUGUGCAUUCUCCUCCAAGAGCUCACCUCUGCUAGCGCAGCGUCCGCGGUACACGGACGAGGAAGGAUAGUGGCAGACGCAGCCAGUGAUGGCGAGACCCAGGAGGGUUUUCCUCUCCCACACAGUACUUACGCCUUCUCCUUCAGGACUGGAUGACGACCUUGCAGGGCAUCCUGUCACCAUGUCAAGUCCAGAGGGGCGGUAUUGAGACUAGAUAUACUAUUACACCAUAUCCUCUAGGAGUGUAUAAAUGAACAGGCUUCUAAAAGGUUGAGACACUGGGUUUUUUUUUUUUUUUUCUUUUUAAAAAGAUGACUGUCUUAAAGCAUUCUUGACAGCAAAACUUGUGCUCCGUAAAAAGAAGCCUUUUUUUUCUAGGAAGCGGGUCGGGUGCCAGAAUGCUAGCACAGAGCAAGUUGUGAAAACAGGAAACUAGGUGUGGUGGGGUUAUGUGUGAGUGCCUCUAAUUUUUUUUGGUGACUGGUCAGUGCACACCAGAUUUUUUUUCCCUUUGAAUACAGAUCACCAUGGUGCUACAACUUCUUUUUUUUUUUUUUAACUGAAAGAGGCAUUUUUAUGAAUAAAGUGACCUUCCCCGAGGCUGAGAAGCCAGGGUUGAUGAGUGUACACGGAAUAGCUUUGGAUACUCCUCUGGGGGACAGUAUGGACCAAGGAAAGGAUGUCAGUGGCCAGAGGAGAUGUCAUUUGGCUUUGCUGGAGCGCCAGUGUGCUGUGGCCUUUCCCCGACUCCCACCCUAGUACCCACAUUUUGCUCCACACUCCACGACUAUGGGGGCUCGGACACCAACCCCUGUCCCCAGGACAGUCAGUCAGCACUACUGGGGAGGGCUAAAGGGAAAUUUGGAAUAAAAAUUCCAAAGCUUGGAAUGAAAAAAUUCAUAGUUGCUUUUAUAUUCUUUCCCUUUCUGACACAGCCUAAAGUUUAGGGGGAACAUGUUUAUCUGUGGGAGAUAAACAAGAUGGAGUCCCAAAGACUUUAACAAAAUAUUUUUUUAAAAAUCCACUAGAAUAGAAAAUACAUUAUUUAGAUAUACUUUAUGCUGAGAGUGAGUAUAUAUGCUUGUCCUAUUUAAACUUGUGAGAAAAAGUGGUAUCCCUUGAUACAUUUAGAAAUAUGGGGGCUCUCUUGUUUCAUUGUGGGGGCGGGGCAAGAGGCGGCUCAAGGCAGGGUGACCCUGUUUAAGGAACCUGAGCGCGGCCACAGUCACCAGGAAAUGCAAGCCUUGGGGUUUCUACUGAUGAGGCUGUCACGAACUGUGAACUCCAAAGCCUAGACAGGGAGGAGUGUUAGACCGGUGGGAGAAGAGUCAAGCCUGUUUUGGCUCUUGCAGGACACAACAACAGAAACCAUGCCUUUCAAAACAAAACAAUAAACGCAACGAUCAUAUAAGAUGUGAAAAACUGGAAGCAUUCCAGCACAAUAAGGGUGUUUUCAUAUAUUUGUUUUUUUUUUUAAAUGUACAUCUUAAAAAAAAAAGGGUCAUGUUAUGGAUUGACUUAAUGAAUGGGAAUUUGCUAAGAAUUGUGAGUAGUUCUGAAUUAGAGAAAUAUGUGAAUGAAAGGCAGCUGUAAAGGCACUGCACCCUGGAGAGUUGUACACAUGUCGAAAUGUAAUCUGGGCUUACCUGAUCCGCCUGGAGUGGAUGUUAACGCUGGGUCUGUUCGCACUUGGAACCGCGUGAGCAGGGUUGCCAGCCUCGCAGAUACCAUCGGCCCUGGUCCCCCGGACAUCAGAACUGCUCUCGAGUGGCCGAGUCUUAUCACAGAAGGCAGCCACCAUUUCACUGAAACAAAAGUUCACAGCAUUGGAUUCUUUUCUGCAUUAACUAGUUAUAUACUCAGUACUCUCAGUAAUACUUUUUAUUAAUAGUUACAGGCUCGUUGGUCCAGUGGGAUCUGGGUUGGGGCGGGGAGGGAAGAUACCUUCUAAAGUGGAUCACUAGUCAGAACCAAAAUAAUCCUGCAUGUUCUAUAACCACAAAGAAAUCAAAUGAUCCUGUAAUGAUUCCAGUUAGUCAUAACUACAUUAGCAGUGCUAAUUUCAUUUAGAAAUGGUGACUUCUGUGGUUUUCUAGCAUUUGUCUCUAACAAUUGAUAAAAUAAUUACUCAUGGCCCUCUCUGCCAUCGUCUUUCAUUUUUCACAGUGAAAUUAGACCCCUUUACUUCACCGUUGUGCCACGACAAAUUAAGUGUAAAAAAAAAAAAAAAAGCAAGACUACCCACACCAGUAGACAGUGUGCUUCUUUACUUAGAAGUGACGUCAUUGUAGGUAAUGCUUGCCACGGAGUUUAAGAAGAUGACUGGUAUCAGACGGUUUUCAUCUUGUCCAAGAAGUGCUGGUGGCCUUUUGUGAUGGUGUUACAACCCUCCGGGGGCUUAGGAGGAUGUCGAUGCAACUUUAUAGCAGCUUUUAAUUUCAAAAACACUUCAAAAGUCUGAAGGGCAGCCUUUGCCGCCUCUCAGCCCCAGUCAGUCAAACCCCAGCGACCUUUGCCCCUGGUUGCCAAGGGCUUUGCAACAUGAAGCAGGGAAAUAAGGAUCUGUCUGUUUAGUGGAUACCGUGUAUCCUUUAAUAGACCAGGUAACAGUUCGUGUUAGUUUAGACUAUUGUUUUGUACUGUACUUUCUUGGGUGGCAGAGGAAAGAAAAGUAAAACGUUUAAAAAAAAACAAACUGCGUUCUUUAAAUUCUGUAUUAUUAGCAACCUCUGUUGUAUAUAGUGUUUGAUAAUAAAGUAUUAAUUUGAUUCUUA